AUGAAUUGGCGUUGCAUUAUCAAUUUUAUUGCCGUGGCCGUUGUCAUUGCGGCGGCCAGUGGUCUCAUUGUGUUCGCCAUUGCGGUGCAAAAUUCGAGCCGGCGCGUGGAACGAAAGUUGGCGGCGCAUGAAACCAAUUUAACACAAAUUGCAGAACAGUUGAUGUUGAUAGGCACAACAACAACAACAACAACAAAAGCGGCAAAAUCGGCAGAAACCACCACAAUUACCGAAAUGGCUACCGAAUCAGGAAGUGCAGCAAAUAUAAUAGCAACAAAUAAUAUCAGUACCGUUACAAGUGAUACAAAUACGUCAUUGACAAUAGACAACGAGCAUUCGGCAACGCGGGCGUAUGAGGAACCUAGAAUUAGUUUAGCAAAUGCAACGAACCCAACAACAACAACAAAAACAACGGCAAAGCGCGCAGCCAGAAAACCGGCUUACAUAACAAUGUUCAAUGCUGCAAAUACGACAACAAAAAUAACCAGACUUAAGGCGAAACCCGUGGCAGCAGCCAUCGUGGCAGCGGCAGCACGCGCAGCAACCGUCUCACUUGAGGAAUCAACGGCAUGGAAGACAUUAACAUCACAUCCCAAUUCGCUGGUGCAACUCUUUCCGUCACGUGCCAUGCGAGUCGUGCAAGAGGUGGUCAGAUCGUUACGCAAAGACACAAAUGUUGUCAUCCAAACCACUUUGGGUAAAAUUCGUGGACGCUUUCAGAAGUACAGAUCCGGCGAACGAGGCGGCUACUACAGUUUUAAGGGCAUACGCUAUGGUGAACCACCAAUUGGAGCCAGCAGAUUUCGCGCUGCAAAGCCCGCGAAACCUUGGUUUGGCGUGCGCGAUGCAUCGCGCGAGGGCAACAGCUGUCCGCACAAGAAUAUGAUAUUGGACACCUUUAAGGGCAGCGAGGAUUGUCUAUUUUUAAACGUUUUCACCACACAGCUGCCCAAAGAGGAUGAUGAAGUGCUUUUGCCUGUUAUGGUUUGGCUGCAUGGCGGCGGUUACUCAUUCGGUUCCGGCAACACUUUCCUCUAUGGUCCCGAUUACUUGGUGGCCGAAAAUAUUGUUUUGGUGACACUCAACUACCGGCUGGGUCCUUUGGGAUUUUUGACUGCCGGCCCCGAUGCGCCAGGUAAUCAAGGAUUAAAGGAUCAAAUACUUGCCUUGAAAUGGGUGCGUGACAAUAUCGCCGCUUUCGGUGGUGAUCCAAAACAAGUGACAGUUUUUGGUGAGUCGGCCGGUGCCUCAAGCGUGCAAAUGCUGCUGCUAUCACCACUCGCCGAGGGUCUCUUUCAUCGUGCCAUCUCACAAAGUGGUUCGGCGCUAAAUCCUUGGUCGAUGGCCGACAGUUCGUCAGAGCGCGCUUUCCGUUUGGCCGCCAACUUGGGUUAUGUAGGCGCCAAUGAUACCGAGGAGAUAUUGGAAUUCUUGCGACGCGUUCCGGCUAUGAAAUUGGUGGAGGCAGCACCCACGACUCUAACAGCUGAAGAUUCGCGCAACAAUAUUGGCUUGCCAUUUGUGCCGAUAGUCGAGGGUUAUUGGAAUGCGCGUGGCGAACGUGAAAUAUUCUAUGAAGAUCCUUUCAUCACACAACAUCCGAAUGAAAUGUACCAACAACAUAAGUUCCAUAGCAACGUGCCAUACAUGACGGGCUAUAAUACACACGAGGCUAUGCUCUUCAUACGAAGACUGCGCAAGAAUCCCAAGCUACUGGAGAUAAUUGAAAAUGAUUUUUCGCGCAUGGUUCCACGUGAUUUGAAUGUCACCGAUGAGCGUGCGCGGGUAACGCGCGACAUACGACAAUUCUAUCUGGGCGCCAAACAAGUGGGCGUGGAUUCGGUGGACGAAAUGAUUGCCCUCUUAACGGAUCUGAUGUUCUUGCACGGCAUACGCAAGACUGCGCGCAACCAUGCCAAAUACGGCAAUGCGCCUGUUUAUAUGUAUCGCUUUUCGUACGAUGGUGCACUUGGACUCUACAAACGAAUGCUGGGGAUUUCCAGACCAGGCGUCUGCCACGGUGAUGAAAUGGGUUAUUUGUUUAAAUUCGGUUUCUUCAACCUGAGCUUGGAUCCGCGCUCAACAGAGGUGCUAGUGAAAAAUCGUAUGGUGCGCAUGUGGACGAAUUUCGCCAAGUAUGGCACUCCUACACCACAAAACGAGGAGGACGCACUAUUGACUACAACCUGGGAGCCGAUAAGCCCGCACACUGUGAUGGAAGAUCUCAGCUAUUUGGAUAUCUCUGCUAAUAUGAAGAUGCGUAGCAAUCCGGAAGCAGAACGGCAACAAUUCUGGGACUAUAUGUACACGCACUUUAAUGGCGCUGCAAUGUAGUGCCGCUCUACGGCACUAAUCUACGCUCAAAUCAAAUAUAACGAUUUCAAAAUUUCUUUC